UGUGAGAGAGAGGGAGACUGAGUUGGCUGAGACGGAGAGCGCUCAUUGCGAGGAGGCAGGACUGGGAUACGCACGCACACACACUCAUAUAUACACACAGGCACGUCAGACAAAGAAGCGUCAGGGUCCCGGGGGAUGGGGCUCAGCACGGGGCCGACAGGAGCUCGCACUGCCCCGCAGAAGAGCUUGCGUAGAGUGUGCCAGCGGGGCAGUCGUGGGUCAAAGGUGAGGCGUCGGGGCGGCACCAUGGAGGGUGAGCAGGGUCCUCCUGCCUCCAGUGCCAGCAGCACAGGCACCUCCAGCUCCUCCACCAAUACCAACACCCCCUCCGCCACCACCAGCACCAGCAGCACCACCAACCCACCAAACACCCCCAGCAGCAGUAGCAGCAGCAUUGCCAGCUCAGCCAGCAGCACCAGCAGCAGCAGGCAGACUGUACCGCAGAUAUCAGUGUACAGCGGAAUACCUGACCGACAGACUGUGCAGGUGAUUCAGCAGGCCUUGCACAGGCAGCCCAGCACAGCGGCGCAGUAUCUGCAGCAGAUGUAUGCGGCACAGCAGCAGCACCUAAUGCUGCAGACAGCAGCUCUGCAGCAGCAGCACCUCAGUACAGCACAGCUACAGAGUUUGGCAGCUGUGCAGCAGGCCAGUAUAGCUGCUGGUAGACAGAACUCUACCCAGAAUGGGACUUCAUCCACCCAGAGUGGAUCAUCACAGACUACAAUUAAUCUAACCACAUCUCCUGCCACCGCUCAGUUAAUAAGCCGCGCCCAGAGUGUAAACUCCGCCCCUUCUGGGAUCUCACAGCAGGCGGUGCUGCUUGGCAAUGCCUCAAGUCCCACCCUCACCGCCAGCCAGGCUCAGAUGUACCUGCGUGCCCAGAUGGCUCAGCAAAGUAACCUGGUUCAUGUAGCUCGGAGUCUAGGCCGUGCGGUUCCUCUCUCCCCCCAGCUCAUUCUUGCUCCUACAGCUACUGUUACUGCUCUCCAGUCAGACACCAGUACAAAUACUAAUACCUCAUCUGCAUCUGCACAGGUGCAGAAUCUUGCCCUGCGCAGCCAUCAGGGGACGUCUUCCUCCUCUCAGUCCACAGGCCUGCAGGCCCUGAGCUUGAAGCAGACUCCAGUCUCCAUCCAGCCCACCCCACUCCUCAAAACCACCAGCUCGGGGACCACCACAGGGAAAGGUGUGCUCCCUGGAGCUUCUGGAGACGCAGGGAAGAAGCAAGAGAGUGGAGGAGAGACAGAGGCCAAGGCAGUGAAUAUGAGCCGCAGUGUCACGUCCUCUCAUCCCCUCAUCGCACCGGCAUACACGCAGAUUCAACCCCAAGCUUUGAUCAAGCAGCAACCUCAACAGUUCGUCAUUCAGUCCCAGGCUCCACCUACUCCUCGAAUGCAGACAUUACUGCAGACAGCCUCCAUCCAGCCACAUGCACAGACUGCCUCACUGGGCAUCCAGAGCUCUACACAGACCUCCUCUGGGCCCAUCCCCGUCCUGCCCAAACCUACCAUUCACAACCAGGGAACGGCUCCUAGCCAACAUGCCACUAUCUUCCACUCAACAGUAAGCCAGCAUGGAGCCCAUUCUGGCCUGGGCCAGCCCAAAGCUCAGCCUGUCCAGCUAACAGCCAUCAACCUUCAGAUUCAGCCUGCUCACAACCAGGUACGCCACGGUACCGCCAACACUGUCCAAGCAACCAGCAGUCAGGCUUCCAGAAUUGCUCAGGACAAUAAGGAAAAGCCCACAUCCCUGGUAAUGAGAGAGAUUUGUCCACCACUGGUCACGCAGGUCCCCACAUCCAUCCCAUCCCAAGAGACCAAUCCUCCAGAGCCUCCCAAAGCUGAUACAGGGACGGCCACAAUCCAAACAGAUGGCUCGGCGGAGACGGGGACCGUGAGUGCGCACAUGACGUCAGGGGCGGAGAGCGCACGGCCGGCCAGCGCAGACAGCAGACCGCCGCAGGCCGUGGUGAAGCCGCACGUGCUCACGCAUGUCAUCGAGGGUUUCGUCAUUCAGGAGGGAGCGGAACCGUUCCCCGUGGAACGGAAUCCAGUUCAGACUAACAGCCAUAAGAAAGCAGAGCAACAGCUGCCCUCUCACCCAGAGAAAACCCCACUUAGCAACGCCCCCAACACCACAGACUCUGAGCCUGAGGAAACUGCACAACAAGAUGCAGGGGGCAGGGAUGAGGAGGAGCCAGAUGAGCCCAAGCUGACGUGUGAGUUUUGUGGCUGGGUCGACUUUGCCUAUAAGUUUAAAGGCUCCAAGCGCUUCUGCUCCAUGGUGUGUGCAAAAAGGUAUAACGUAGGGUGCUCCAAGCGGAUUGGCCUCUUCCACCCAGACCGGAGCAAAACAGCCAAUCGGUGGAAAAGAAGGUCACACACUCGAGGUCGCAGAAGCACAGAGGCAAAGAAACAGAAGUUAUCUGUGUCUCAGCAGUCUCAGGGAGAGUCUGUGUCCUCUCCACUCCCAUCUCAGCCAAGUCAGGGAGAGUCCAGCCCCUGCUCAGACAUCUCCAGCUACGAAGAGCCCCCCUCUCCUCUGUCCGCUGCCAGCUCCGGCCCUGUGGGGCCGCCUCGAGGGGUCACCACCUCAGACCCGGAAGACCUUCCUCUGCUCAGCCAGCACUUCCUGCCAUGUGACCCCACCAAGUGGAACGUGCAGGAAGUGUUUGAGUUCAUCCGCUCACUGCCAGGUUGUCAGGAGAUUGCAGAUGAGUUCCGUUCUCAGGAGAUUGAUGGACAGGCCAUGCUGCUACUGAAGGAAGACCACCUAAUGAGUGCCAUGAAUAUCAAACUGGGUCCAGCUCUCAAGAUUUUUGCCCGCAUUAAUAUGCUCAAAGACUCCUAGCCUUGGCAUUCAGUGUGUGCGUGCGUGCGUGCGUGUGUGUGUGUGUGAGAAAGUGUUCUUUUAAGGUCACCAAAUUUGACCUAAUGAAUGAAAAUGCACUAAAAUUUUUUUUAACUCCCUCCUGAAACAGUAUAUAUUUGGGCUACAGCUCAAAUCACACACCCUGAAUAGGUUGAGAAAUUAAAGUAAAUAUUGAAACUAGACUAUUAGAGACUAUUCUGAUGAAGAAUCGCACACAGGUCCUGGGGACAUUCCUCUCAUCUUGUAGAAUAUAAUUGGAAUAGAAUUAAAACCUUGAAAUACGGUACAUCUGCAGGUCAAAACCACCACAGCUUACAGAUGGAUCAAGGUCCAAACUUCCAGAUCCAGCCCAAGCAUGAUAACACAGCAGCUUAAACUGUACUGAUAUUAGAAGUUUUGUAAUUUUAUACAUUGUCCCAGGCUUCCUGUUCCACACUUUUCAAUUGUAUAUUGUUGAUUUCAGAAAUUAUUUUUUGUUUUUGUACAUUCUUUUGUAUAAUUAUGUUCAAGUAAAUUAUUCAUAUGUGUGUGUGUGUGUGUGAAAGAGAGAGAGAUUGAAAGAGAGAGAGUUAAACCACAAAAACAUGUGCUAAAUGGUCAGAAUAUGGGAGUAAUUGAAUAUCAAACCUGGCAUUACAUGAGGGUGUUCAGAAUUUUUAUCAUAUGCCAUUGAAAAAUCACUGUAACAGUUUUACAAUGGAAAGGCCAGAAGUUUGAUAUCCUUUUUCAGCAAUGCCUUUACUGGGUUAUACCUCCUAGGAAUCUUUUUGUAUCAAUACAAAGUACAGUUCAAACACUCUCCCUCAGUCAUAUCUUGUGGUUUUGUUUGGGAUUUUGGAAUGAUAAAGUGUGCUUUUAUAUGUUCCCGGAUUUGUCGUUGUAUGUUGCUAGACAGGAAUGUGAUCAUGUCUUGUGUUUUUGUUGAGUAUACUUUGUGAAAUGCCUGUAUUUAUCAAAUGCAUUCAAUUUGUAAUAUAAUUUUUUUUUUAAUAAGGAAAAGUUGCUGCUGUCUUAUUGUACGUUUUCUGGUAGAACAUUGAGCAUUUAUAUGCAUUACGUGACCAACUUGCCAAAAACUUACUAGAAAAAACUCAUUUGUAGCCUUGUAGCUACAGUGCAAAACUAAAGAAACAAACUUCAGUCACCAAACAUGUCUUGAUCCAAUCGACUGUGUUUGGGAUAAGCGGAAGACUGUGUCUUUUUAAAAAUUUUUUGGUGUUACCUUUGCUUUGAAGAGGCACUCAUGCCAAAAUGAAAAGUUAAACCAUUACUACAUCUGUUGUAAGCAUGCAUGAUCACCUCUUACAGAGGUGCAGCAAUAGUCUAGAGUGAGGUUUUCCAGUUUAAACACUAAGAAAAUCAUCUUCUGAUGAUGCAUCUGGAAGGUGGGAGGAACCUUUGGAAAACUUUGGAGCGGAGACUUGACAGCAGGCUCUCUAAAAUGUGUUUUUAGCUGGUCAAUGCAAAAAGAAACCAAAAGUUUCAGAAUAUCAUGUUUGUGUUUAUUAACCUGUACAUCAGUGGUUACUACACGUAUUGAUGUCUUACAUCCAAUCAGCAAACUUGUAUAUGAAUAUUUGCAUUUUAAUUGAGGCGACA